CCUGCUGCCAGUUCCGCGCACAUAUAUAAACAUUUUGAAUCUCGCGUCGUCUCAGUUGUCGAAUUCGACCGCAAAUCCAGCUUUGCCGGUUUUAGUACGUUUGUAAAAUAUUUGGAACAUGGAAAACAUGUUUGCGACAUUGUGGCUGUCCACUUUGGCAUUGGUCUUCGUACUGGCAUUCCUCCUCUACCUGUACUCUACCAGAAAAUACGACUACUGGAAGAGAAGAAACGUACAGUACGUCAAACCGUUGCCUUACAUGGGAAACUUUCUGCCAGUGUUCCUGCUGAAGAAAACGCUGGGAGAGUUUACCGUAGAACUCUACGAAAAGACCACUGGACCCUACGUGGGCAUCUACAUUUUCGACCAACCGUAUUUGGUCAUGAAAGAUCCCUACCUCAUAAAAGAGGUGCUGCUCAAAGACUUCUCCCAUUUCGAGAACAGGGGGAUAACUGCACCCGAGAGCAACCCUCUGUUGUCCAAUUUCAUGUUCUUUAAAGCCAAUCCCGGCUGGAAGAAAAUCAGGACCAAAAUGAGUCCUGUCUUUACGUCAGGAAAGUUGAAGAUGAUGUUCCCUUUGAUCCAGACGGAAGCCGAAAAGAUGGCGACUUACCUUAGACGACACGUCACUGAGAAGUCUACUGAAGCGAAGGAAGUGUGCGCUAAGUACUCUACCAAUGUGAUAGCGAGUUGCGCUUUUGCGGUCGAUGCUCAGUGUUACGAUCGAGAGGAUGCGGAGUUCAGGAAAAUUGGAAGAAGGAUUUUUGACUUCAGGAUAUCCAAUGCUGCCCGCCAACUAACUGCUUUCUUUUUGCCGGAUGUGGUGCGCCUAUUAAAAGUAUGUUUCUUCGAAGAGUCGAGUCUCAAUUGGAUGUCGACAAUUUUCGCUUCCGUUUUGUCUGAAAGGGAAAAGUUGACCUCUCUGCGAGGCAACGAUUUAGUUGACAUGCUGCUGGAAAUCAAACGCAAAGAUACCAAAGACGAAUUCACUCACGACGCGAUAAUCGCUCAGGCGGCCCAGUUUUUCGUCGCUGGCUUCGAGACAGUAUCCAGCACUUUAUCUUUCAUGAUUUAUGAGCUCGCUAUCCACGAAGGUUACCAGAAAAAAGUUAGAGAGGAGAUAGCGGAGGCUAUUGAAAAACAUGGAGGUUUGACUUAUGAAGCGGUUAAUACCAUGAAAUUCCUCGACAUGUGCGUCAGGGAAACGCUGAGAAAGUAUCCUGUACUUUCUUUCCUGGACAGGCGUUGUACCAACACCUACAAAGUGCCAAACUCCGACCUGGUCAUAGAAAAGGGAAUUGCAAUAUUGAUUCCCUUGUUCGGGUUGCACUACGAUCAGAAGUAUUUUCCAAACCCGAACGAAUUUAUCCCCGAGCGGUUCGAGGACAUGAACCAGAUCAACAAAGAGGGUUAUUAUUACUUACCUUUCGGAGAAGGACCUAGGAUUUGUAUCGGCGAACGUUUUGGGUUGCUGGGCGUCAAAUUGGGGGCGAUUAAUAUACUGAAAGAGUUCAAAGUGGAAAAGACCAAGGAUACGCCCAUCCCGAUGGUGUUCGAGCCCAGGAGUUUGUUGCUGCAGUCGACCGUUGGUAUCCCCGUCAGAAUUUCACCAUUGGAUGAUAUGCUUGCGACCUUGUCGCUGUCCACUUUGGCGUUGGCCUUCAUCUUGGCCCUCGUCCUCUACGUCUACUCGACCAGAAAGUACGACUACUGGAAGAAACGCAACGUACCGUACCUCAAACCUCUUCCUUAUCUGGGCAACUUUCUCCCAGUGUUCCUACUGAGGAAAACGCUAGGAGAGUUUACCGUAGAGCUCUACGAAAAGAUCGCUGGUCCUUACCUGGGUAUCUAUAUCUUUGAUCAACCGUAUUUGGUCAUCAAAGAUCCCUACCUCAUAAAAGAGGUGCUGCUCAAAGACUUCUCCCAUUUCGAGAACAGGGGGAUAACCGCACCCGAGGGUAACUCAGUGAUGUCCAAUUUCAUGUUCGUCAAACCCAAUCCAGGCUGGAAGAAAAUCAGGACCAAAAUGAGUCCGGUGUUCACGUCGGGCAAGUUGAAGAUGAUGUUCCCUUUAAUCCAGAUGGAAGCCGAAAAGAUGACGGCGUACCUCAGGCGAAACAUCAGUGAGAAAUCAACUGAAGCAAAGGAAGUUUGCGCUAAGUACUCCACCAAUGUGAUAGCGAGUUGUGCUUUUGCGGUCGAUGCUCAGUGUUACGAUCGAGAGGAUGCGGAGUUCAGGAAAAUUGGAAGAACGGUUUUUGACUUCAGGAUGUCCACCGCUGCCCGCCAAGUAGCUGCUUUUUUCCUGCCAGCUGCGGUACGCCUAUUCAAAAUAUCAUUUGUCGAACAGUCGAGUCUCAAUUCGAUGUCAGCAAUUUUCGCUUCCGUUUUGUCUGAAAGGGAAAAAUUGACCUCCCUGCGAGGCAACGAUCUAGUUGACAUGCUGCUGGAAAUCAAACGCAAAGAUACCAAAGACGAAUUCACUCACGACGCGAUCAUCGCUCAGGCGGCGCAGUUUUUCGUCGCUGGCUUUGAGACAGUAUCCAGCACUUUGUCUUUCAUGAUUUAUGAACUAGCUCUCCACGAAGGUUACCAGCAGAAAGCCAGGGAGGAGAUAACGGAAGUGAUUGAAAAGCAUGGCGGUUUGACGUAUGAGGCGGUCAAAGACAUGAAGUUCCUCGACAUGUGCGUCAGGGAGACGUUAAGAAAGUAUCCUGUGCUUCCGUUCUUGGACAGACGUUGCACCAACACCUACAAAGUGCCAGACUCCGACCUGGUCAUAGAAAAAGAAAUUCCAAUAUUGAUCCCCAUGUUCGGGUUGCAUUAUGACGAGAAGUAUUUUCCAAACCCGUACGAAUUUAUCCCCCAAAGGUUCGAAGACAUGAACCAGAUCAACAAAGAGGGUUAUUAUUACAUACCUUUCGGAGAAGGUCCUAGGAUUUGUAUUGGCGAACGGUUCGGAUUGUUGGGUGUCAAGUUGGGAGCGAUUAACAUUUUGAAAGGAUUCAACGUGGAAAAGACCAACGAUACGCCAGUCCCGUUGGUGUUCGAGCCUAAGAGCUUGUUGCUGCAAUCGACCGUUGGUAUCCCUGUCAGAAUAUCACCGUUGGUUGGCAAAUAAAAUAUAACCGAGAAGAA